AUGAAGGGCUGUUUGUUCAACGCCUUGGUCCGAUUUGCUAUCCGCCUACGCUCUGCCAAGGGCGGCAGUGACACUGGAUUUGUGAGUAAUGCAAGGGCUUGCAGACGCACAGCCAAAGGCUUGAACUGGUACCAGUACAACAACAAAAGGAUCGCUGAGCUCAACGCAGAGAAACAAGACCCCGUGUACACAGCUCGGGCCAGCCGACUUGAAGGAUGGAAGCAGCUGGUGCAGCAAGCCCAAGCUGAACUGCGCGUGCCGAUUGCCCCGCCUGAACGGCUUAUGCCUGGCAACGUUGUAGUGUUCCACACACCUCGUCUGAGAGAGGCCUAUCUGGACGUUGGGUUGGUUUUGUGUGUGUGGAAAGGGGUCAAGCAACCCCGCCUCCACUCAGGAGAAACCCCCAUAAACUCCUGCACAGCGUUUCGUGUGCUGUCGUUGGAACUUGCCAACGAAAACCAAGAAUCUCCAGUUGAGUGGGUCUGUCGGGACAAAUCCAUUGCCUGGGUUGUCCGCUUGGAGAGCCUGGUCACCAUAUUGGAUGUUGAAAAGUGUGUUCAGCCAAUGGGCAACAAGGGCAACGUCAAGAUCAAGUUGUCUCCGGAGAGUGGCGAUGCCAUUUCAAGAAUUUCAGAUAUGGAAACAUGGACUGUUCAGCCCACCAUGGUUCGUGGGAGAAAGCCAUUGGUAGAUCCCGUAAAUCCAAGUGAACCCAGUCAGGAAGAUGUGAUCAGGAGGAGGUGCAAGGUGGUGAAAGGAAAGAAGACCAAUCCAGGAGGGACGAAAAGUGCAGAUGCCAAAACGAAGAAACACACACUCAAGGCGAAAGCUCCAAGGCCAGAAGCAGAGGUGGAACCAGAGGCCCCGCCCACAGCUUCAGACUAUCACCGAUCUAAGGCAAGCCGUGCUUUGAUUACGAAACGGCUUGAGGAGCUCAACCGACUUGACUGUGACCGAUUUCCACAAAACCCGUUGUUUGAUGUUGACGGCAACUGUCGCAUGAAAGGCGCUCAGGACGUGACGUGGCAGUUGCUCAAGAUUCGUGCCGGACCUUGCUUCGAAACCAUGUCCCCAAGAUGCAAGGAAUAUAUAGAAAUAUAUAGAAAUAUAUAG